AGCGGCGGCGGCGGCGGCGGCGGGGGCAGUGGCAGGGGCAGGCGGCACUUCACACAGCGCAGCGAUGGAAGCGGUUCGCGGGUGGCUGGUGGCGGCAGCUGCCGCCGUGUUGCUGCUGGCCGGCACCGCGCUGGGCAGCGAGAAGCGCCCGGUGCUGGUGGGCGCUCCUAUGGACGUGUCCGACAACGACGAAGGGCUGCAGCGGGCCCUGCACUUCGCCAUGGCGGAGUACAACAAGGCCAGCAACGACAAGUACUCGAGCCGCGUGGUGCGGAUCAUCAGCGCCAAGACACAGAUUGUGGCUGGAAUCAAGUAUAUCAUGGAAGUUGAGAUUGGGCGGACAAAUUGCACAAAGUCAGUAACUGAUGUCCAGGGCUGUGCUUUUCAUCAUGCACCAGAAAUGGCAAAGCGUGUCACUUGCAACUUUGUAGUGUACAGUGUUCCUUGGCUAAACCAAAUUAGACUACUGAAAAACAGCUGCCAGUAAGUCUCCUUUCGUUCCAGCAGAGGCCAGCAACCGGUUACUCAGAUUUAAAAAAGAAAGCAGUAACCUGAAUCAAGAUGGGCUGUGUCCGUUCCUGUUAACUCAAAUACUUACCUAUGCUUGUGCUAUGCAAGUUAAACUAUGUAACCUUCCUUUAAAGCACAAUAUGAUCUCUACUUAGGUUUUCUUCUUUAUAAUUACAUUUUGGAUCAGUUGUUUCCAAAUUUGUGUUCUCCAAGCUUUCCCAAUAAAAUAACUCCCACAUCUGAAUUCUUAAAAAAAAAAAAAAGUUGUUGGUAUCCCUCAUAAGUGACUACUGGAAACAUUAAAAUUUAAUUAAUCAUUGCUGUAA